AUAAGAAAGUAUGACAUGUCCAAACUGUCUUCAUUCCAUACAACCUGCCUCAGAAAAAUCCUCUGUAGCUUUUGACCCAGAACAAUCUCAAACCGAGAUCUAUUGACACGGUGCAACUAAGAGAAUCUGAGCACCAGCAUUGCGAGGAGAUGUUGGAGAUUGAUCGGUCAUGUGCUUCGGAUUGAAACCGAUUCCAUCACCAGAGUAGCAAUAAGAUGGACACCUGAAGGCAAGCAAAAAUGAGGCCACCCGAAAACAGCAUGGUGAAGAGCUGUGGAAGCUGAGCUGAAAAACCUGGGGCACAGCUGGGGAACCAUUGAAAGACUUGCCAGAAACAGACAGGAGUGGAGGAGCUUUGUCACUGCCCUAAAUACCAGAGGUAUAAUAGGAACAUGAUGGUGAUGAUGAUGAAUUAUAGUUCACCUCUAAAAGUAAGACACCGCUUCCUUUUGAUAGCUGGCUUUUGUGUCUGCUACUGGGAUUUUUAACAUAUAAGGCUCCACAUGGACAUGUUUACAAGACUUGUAUCCAAAGCACAUCUUGAAACACCUGUUGCAAAUUCUGUAGGCCAGCUCUAAGGAAUAGCUAACCUCUUUAGGAAUGCGGCAGUGGGUCUGGAUUUUUAGCCAUGACUUGAAGGUAUGGAGUUCAGGGUUUACGGCACCAGACUGGAAGUCAAAAGAUCUGGGUUCUUUUCUGCUCUCUGCUUCUUGACUUUAGGCCUCAGUUUCUCAAUCAGACAAAUGGGACAAUACCACCUGCCUUUGUAAAGGGCUGGUUUCAUGAAUUCUGCCCCCAGCACGUACUGAUCUCACAACCACCUAAAUUCCCUGAAGUUUCCCCCCCAGUGUUCUGGGUUUAGCCAACUUUUUCCAAUGCUGGGCACCCCCAGCCACACAUAGCUGUUGUCUGUCACAAAUACCUGUGAUGGAGUUCCUAAUAUACAUACUGAAGUUUUAUUGCUUAUGUGAUUGGGUCAUGAACAGCAAGGAAUGAGCAUUGCCUUAUCUUUCCCCUUACAUAACCUCUCCUUCCUAUGUACAAACCUGGCAUCAGUACAGCUAUCCACCCCAAGGAUAGUACUUUAGACCAAAUUAAAGGAUGGGGAGAUCGUUAGGCUAGAAAAUUCAAGUGUGUUGAGGCUGCAAUAGAGACACAGAGUAGAAGGCUCAGAAGCAGGGAUAAAUAAUACCUAAGUACUAGGCUGAGCAAAUAAUUGGAAUGAAGCAAUUUUAGUUUCAAAACCAAACAGGUGAUCUUUUUAAACCAACCUCUUUCCCCGUGUAAGAUAGAACAAUCCUCUAUUAAGGGGUUCCAGAACACAAUGUGAUGCCUUUUUUCGUUGAUGUAUGAAAUUUUAUCAUCCCUGUGAUUGGCUUUUGCUUUAUAAUGCCACUGAAUUAUACAGUCAGUCACCACUCAUGACAGCUUUGCUUUAUGACUUCACCUGCUGACAUCAUCUAUUAAACAAUGCCAAGAGGUUUCAGAUCAGUAACCUCCAAAGGACUCAGGCACCAGAGUCAACCAUCAUGCAGUGCAAAGGAAUACACAGCUAGCUUAUGUACAGAUGAGAUGUAGGUUUCACCUUCCGAGGCACUUGUUGCUUCUGGCGCCAUGGAUGAUGCUGCAGUCCUUAAGAGGAAAGGUUACAUCAUGGGGAACAAUUUAGGAGAGAGCUCUUUUGCCAAAGUGAAAUGCGCCUACUCUGAGCGCCUGAAAUUCCACGUGGCAGUGAAGAUUACAGACAGGAAAAAUGUUCCUCCUGAGUUCUUGGAAAAAUUUCUCCCCAGGGAAUUGGAGAUAUUGGCAACAGUGAGCCACUGUUCUAUCAUCAAGAUCUAUGAGAUCUUUGAGACAUCUGGCAAAGUCUACAUAGUCAUGGAGCUCGGUGUACGAGGAGACUUACUGGAGUUCAUCAAGAGAAACAGAGGUCUGCCUGAAGAAGUAGCACGCAAGAUGUUUCGCCAGCUAUCUUGCGCCAUCAAAUACUGCCACGAUUUGGACGUUGUCCACAGGGACCUGAAAUGUGACAACAUCCUCCUGGAUAAAGACAUGAACAUCAAACUGUCUGACUUUGGCUUUUCCAAACGGUGCUUCCAGGAUGAGAAUGGGGAAGUGAUCCUCAGUCAAACCUUCUGUGGUUCUGCUGCUUAUGCUGCUCCUGAAGUGAUAGAAGGCAUUCCUUAUCAGCCCAAAGUUUAUGACAUAUGGAGCCUGGGCGUCAUUCUGUAUGUGAUGGUCAGCGGAUACAUGCCAUACGAUGACUCCAACGUUAAGAGAAUGCUCCGCUUUCAGAAGGAACACCGAGUGAUCUUCCCUGAGUCUUUGACACAUGAAUGCAAAGAUCUUAUUUUCCGUAUGCUGCAGCCCGAUGUGUCUCACCGGCUACGAAUCGAAGAUGUUUUGAACCAUGCUUGGGUGCAGGGGAAGCGCCAGAAGCCACACACCAUGCUUGAAUAAUCAAUCAAUAAACCACUAAGCACAAACAAAGGGGAAGGCAUAUCUGUUUCGAGAGGCUGUCACACCGCAGAGUGCUGUAACUGCUGCUGUGAUCCAUGGUUUCCUUUGCUCAAUGUGCCCUUGAAUGUGUCAUUCUCCUGGUGAGAUUUCUAUCCACUUUCAUAUUUAGAAACAAAAAGAAAAGGAGUACUUGUGGCACCUUAG